AUGGUUCGCCGUCUUCUCGAGCGCCGGCGCUGCGCUCAGCCGCCGCCGUCCCAUGCCAUGGACGCCUCCCUCCAAAACGACCUGCCAUGGCCGCCUCCCUGCCUCUCCCGCAAGUGGGCCUCUGCGCGACCAGAUCCGUUCCUCUGCGCCUCGCUCCGCGCGCCUCCAUGGUCCUCCGUCUUCCCGAGCGCCGGCGCCGCGCGUGUAUCAAGUUUCACAAGAUCAUCUUGCGGCUUGUUCAUGCUACAAUUCAUUGAAUACUGGACAGGACACAAACUGUCACAUCCUAUUACACAGGAAGAUGUCAAACCCUUCAGGCAAAAAGUAGCAAUCAUUCUCCAUGAAUCAGAUCUGAACGAUAUAAAAGGAACUCCUGAGUACCAUAAUCCAGCAGACGAUAUAAUAGAUACUGACGGUGUUGAAAUAUUGGACCCGCCACCUGCCAUGGUUGUUCUGAGAAUGCCACUUAAUAAAAAUGAGCUACUUUGCAAACUUCGAGGUCAUAUCAUGUCCAUUCAUAAUGCAGAUUCCCGAGAGAAAGAAUGGAUCCGUAGCUCCAAGCCCUACCCACUAAGUAUAAGUCUUAGACAACUACAAGACUUACUAAAGAAUACACGGGCUAUUGAUGUCGACAGUUUUAACAUGGCUGUUCGAGUAAAUGCUACAGACGACAUUCAAUGGGCUAAAGACACUCCAUAUCACUAUAUGGAUCUCAGAUUUUCUAUGAUACUAAAUGACUCUACACAAGAUCCAAAACUCCGUUUACCAUUUGAUGCCCAACGCUACAUUAUUGCAAAACUAUUUCAUUGUUGGCCUGAUAUGUGCUUUGACGUCUCGGUGUGCAAGUUGAUUUUGUUGCCGUUUUGUACAACCGGUCGCUUCAUCCUCUUCCUGUUCGACCUAUUGGAUAGAACAAUCACUAUACUCGACCCUCUUCCCCUAUCGGAUGCAUGGAAAAAGAAUCCUUCACAGAAGGACAUAUUUAAGAUUCAAUGUAUUUCAUUCCAUCUAAACAUAGCAUUACAAGAUGCAAUUCCUGGCUGGAAUGAUGAUGUUUUUAGAUGGCGUCGCAUCAUACCAAUUGGAGUUCCAAAAAACCCAAACAGCAAUAUGUCUGGGUUUUUAGUUUUAAAGAUUAUGCGCACGUGGCAUGAUCAUGAACAUGGAUUACCAGUUGUCCCGGACGAUUAUGACCUACGGAAUCAGGUGUUGGCACACUUGCUGUCGUACAAGGACAAUGAAUACCGACGAUCAAUUAAGGCGCUUGAGGAUAUUGGUUAUUAUAAGGUUUCAACAGAUCUUGAGAAACCAAGAAUGACAUUACCACCUGUUCCUCCAUCGACACCUGCAAUAUUUUGGAACUUGACCCUAAACCUGAACCUGAGCCUGAAGGAUAUAUCUGAGAGUGUUGAUUGGCUGAAAGCAUUGUUGUUCGGCACUCCUGCAGCUGUACAUUUGGCAUGGGUUUUCUCCUGCUGCAUGAUGUGCUGA